AUGGAUAAAAGCUGGAUAUCAUGGGAUAAAAAUAGUUCAGAGUACCAAGAAAAAGCCAAAGAAUUUAUCUUCAACUCUAAGAAGUAUGCAAGAAAUCCUGAUUUGGUUAGAUGUCCUUGUAUUAUUUGUCAAAAUCGUAGUACACAAACUGAUGAAGUAUUGUUGUUGCAUUUGGUCAAAUACGGCUUUGACCCUAUGUAUAAGGACUGGGUUGGUCAUGGUGAGCCAACCAGACCAACAAGGUCCGCAAGGACCAAUAGCUUUGUAGAAGUACCUCAUAUUGAUGAGGAUUCUGAAAUGCAUGAUGCACAUCAUAUGUAUGAAGAUACAUAUUUUCAGUUGCCUAGGCCUGAUGGAGGUGAAACCUCUACUUUUACAAAUUUGGAUGAUUUUUACCGAAACAAAGUUUUAGAAGCUGAGGUUCCUUUAUACCCUGGUUGCACUAAAUACACAAAAUUAUCAGCCACAUUAAACUUGUACAAGUUGAAGGCUGAUUCUGGUCUUUCCAAUGUUGGGUUUGACAACUUCUUAAAGGAAUUCAAGAAUAUGUUGCCUAAAGGGAAUACAUGUCCUGAUUCAUUGUACACAGUAAAGAAGACACUUAAGGAUUUUGAUUUAGGCUAUGAGAAGAUACAUACGUGCAUCAAUGAUUGCUGUUUGUUCAGGGGAGACAAUUUGAACCUGCAAAAAUGUCCCGAAUGUCAGGCUUCUAGGUGGAAAGUAAACCCACGUACUAAAAAGAUAGAAGAAGGAACUCUUGCAAAAGUUUUGCGGUACUUUCCCAUAAUUCCUAGACUUCAACGAAUGUUUCUUUCGUCGACCAUAGGAGAACAAUUAACAUGGCACUCCUCUCAUCACAGUCAAGAUGGCAUGAUGCGUCAUCCAGUUGACUCAGUUCAAUGGAGUUUUAUAGAUAAAAAAUGGGCAGCAUUUGCUUCUGAUCCCAGAAAUUUGAGAUUUGGACUUGCAACUGAUGGGUUCAAUCCAUUCAGUGAAAAAAGCACCAAACAUAGUACCUGGCCAGUGAUUCUAGUCAUAUAUAAUCUUCCCCCAAAUGUUUGUAUGUCAUCUGAAAACUUGAUGCUUAGCUUACUCAUUCCAGGUCCUAGGCAACCAGGGAACGACAUUGAUGUAUAUUUGCAGCCUCUGAGAGAUGAUUUAGUGAAGUUGUGGAAUGGUGUUGAAAUGUAUGAUGCCUAUAGUAAAGCCAUGUUCAACCUUAGAGCUAUCUUAUUAUGGACCAUUAAUGAUUUUCCAGCUUAUGGAAACUUAUCUGGGUUGGCUGUAAAAGGAGAAUUUGGUUGUCCCGUAUGUGGUUGA